UCGACCAAUCGCUGCCGCGCAAUGGAUCUCCCCCCGCCGCCCCCUAGCUUCCGCCGCCACCACCACCACCACCACCACCUCAGGUAUGAAAACGUCCUCCGUCCUCCCAAUUUCACCCCCCAACCCUAUUCCUACCACCCCCCACCCCCGCCUCCAUCAGAUACCCGUUCGUUGAAUAUUACUCUUCCAUUGAAACCCUAUUUCCACCCAACCCUUCUUCCGCCCCCACCUCCGAGGGAAAACACGCCCUUGCGAAUUGUUUAUAAUUAUCCCAGGAGAAAUCCUGUCUACGAAAAUGAAAAUUGUACUCGGGGCCGUGCUGAUGAUGCACGUGAAUUGCCUGAAAAUUGGAACCGAGAUUUGCGUUGGGGUGCCACGGGAGUUCAUAGAAAGGUUGCCGAGGCUGAAAGAGGAUAUCGUGAUGGAUAUCGUGAUAUAAUUCCUGAGAAUUUUGAGUUGUAUAGAAAGAGGGAUGGUGACAGGAUAUGUGAUAGUGGUCUUAGUGAUUGGGGUUCUGACUUGGACAGAAGGGGGGACUAUGAUGAGAGGAGUUUGGAUAGUGGUAGGAAUGAUUGGAAUCGUGACUUGUACAGGGAGUGUGAUUAUGAUGAGAGGAGAUGGGAUAGUCGUAUGAUUAUGAACUACCGGAGUUGUGAUUUGUACAGGGGUCCUAGUUUUGAUGAUGAGAUGAAACGGGACUCUAUUAGGUCCGCUGGAGUUUUGUAUCGACUGGGAAACAGGCAGCCAGAACUUUCUGAGAAUGAUCUAAGGUUUGGUCGGGUUUUGUCUCGACUUGGAAACAGGCCACCAGAAUAUGAUGAGGAUGAUCUGAGUUUUGGUGGAGUUUUGUCUCGAUUGGGAAGCAGGCAACCAGAAUUUGCUGAUAAUAUUCCGAGUUUGGGUAGAUUUAGUGGUAGGUUAGGGACUGGGGUUAGUAAGGGGGGGUUAAUUUGGCCUGAUAAGAAGAAGAAAUUGCAGAAAAAGAAUACAUUACUUAGGAGUCAAUUAGGAAAAAUCCAUAGCAGGCACGGUGGAGUUUUAAAAUCUCAGCACUUUGCAAAUGAGUCUGGUAUAUGUAGUUUCAAGGUCGAGGGAAAAGGGUCUGCGAAGACGGGGAUGAAAAUGGAAGUUAAGAGAGAGAGGGAGCAGAGUCCUAUGGAGCUUGCUAUUUCAUUUAAGUCAAAUGCUCUCUUGGCAAAGGCUAUUGAGGUGCCAUCUCAUCCAGCUACUGAAUCAAGAGAUUCUGCAGCUAACCAGGAUAUUGUUUCAGAUUACCAAUUUUUAUCUCAGGAAACUUCACCAGAGCAUAUGGAUAAAGGAGGAACAAAUCAGCCUUUGCUUGGAGCUGAUUCACGGAUGGAAAGAGAUUAUCAUGCGAUCAAAGUUGAUUCUUGUAAACCCUUGGUCCCUAAGAGGAAGAGGAAAAGGAAAAGGAAAAGGAGCAAUUUGAACACAAAAUCUGCACAGAAGAGGAAGGGGAACACUUUGAGCACAAGAUCUGCAUCGUCAUAUGUGGUCCGUAGCGUAAUUACUCGGUGUUCUGGCCAUGCCGAGGGAUUGCUAACUACUACUGAGAAUGCUGACCAUGUGCACCAGUUGAGAGCUGAUGGGGUUGCACAGCAGGCACAUGAGAACUUUUUAUCUCAAGAAAAUGCUGCUUGUGGAGACAGUUUGUGUUUCAAUCCGGAUGUGGACAUUUCUAACAAAUAUGUACAUGAUGAAGCUUCUGUAUGUGAUGCAGAUAGGGAUGCAAUCAAGCCCGUUAACCUAUAUAUUAAAGUUGGUAGUGAUACGGAAGAUGAAGUUAGUGAACAUCCUAAUCUGGUUGAGACAAUGCAAAUGGAAAAGGAUGCUAUCAUCUCUGAUGUAGAAUUUAAAGAUGCUAACUCAGAGGACAUUCUCCUAAGCCAUGCUGAUACAGCCCAAGUGAUGUUAGAUGCAAAUCAUUUCAGAAGUUUAGAAGGUGCUGCUGUUACAACAUGUCCAAAUGUUGCUUCUGAGGAGACUUCACCUGAGUUUGAAGCAUCCUAUUUUGAUUAUGUGGGAACUGAUCUAUCGCAUAACGUUUACUCUGUUGAAGGAUCUCCCAAGAUGAUAAGUGACGGAGAAGCUGGCUUAUCUGUUGAUAAUUCAUCCCCCAAGGUGAUAAGUGACAAAGAAACUUGUGUAUCUGUUGGCCGCUCAUCCAAGGUUAUUAGUAAGAGGAAACGUGAAGGCUCUCAGGUAGGUCUUUCGGGUACAAAGACCAAUGUGAAUGUCGAAACAGUUAGAAUCAUUGAUGAUGGAAUUACAAAGUGUUUGCCAGAGGGUAUUGUUACUGCUAUGGAUGGUGACUUUGUUGGUGAGAGAGAUGGAUGCAAGGAUGUUCUAUGCAUAUCAAAGAAAGUUAACGGCUUACAAGAAGGCCCCUCUGGAGCUGAAAUUUCAGACUUACAGGUUCAAUUUACUGCAAAUGGCUCAUUCCUGGGCCACCGUAAAAAGCAGAAACUUUCCAGCCCAAGAUCAAGUCUCUCCUAUAUUUCUGAAGAUGAUACAAUUGCAGUUGGGUUCAGUAAGGCGCCAAUUCUUGAGCAGCAUCCCACCAGGCCAUCUGAAUUGCGAGCUGAGCAAAGUGGGGAUACUUCAUCAGCAUCCAUAACCAUCACACAAUGCCGAACCACUGAUGUGAGAGGUGAUGUUAGUAUUAAUGACUUAAAUUUUGCAAAUCGGGAUGAGAAUCUGGUAGAGGGAGACAGAUUACUAGGGAGUGAUGAUCUGGGUUUAAUUGCUAGUGGCAUAUCGUGUUCUGACAGAAAUGGUCCCAGUGCUUCUGAUUCUGGAGAUGAAUCGUUAGCAUCUAGCUUUGACAUGCAAUCUUGCAUGUCUUCUCCUGAAGGGCUGCAUGUUUACUUGGAUUCAUGUAUUUUGGGAAGCACUAGGACAUCAGCCAGCCUAUCAGAUACUGAAAUGAUUCGUCACAGUGAGAAAAUCUCCAACAAAAAGCAUGUGUUUGCUGAUCCAAAAACCAGUUCUCUUGGGAAAUGUUUAGAGGCAGCUGUAAACAAAUCACAAUCUAAUCCUGGCAUUCCACAAUCUCCACAUAAGGACACCAGUCAAGUGGUCAAAAAACUUUAUCCUGUACAUGGUAAACUAACUUGGCAUAAGGACCAGGCUCCUUCUGCUGUUACUAAAGUUUUGCCUAUGCAUCAUCAUUUAAAUUUUAGUAAUACGAGGAAAUUAUAUUCUUCUCAUACUACAAAAUCAAGGACGUGGUGUAGAACUGUUGACCCUACUGCUGCAGUUACGGAACCUAAUGCAACACAGGAAGCUAGACCUUUACAGAGUUCAUAUAUACGGAAAGGUAAUAGUCUAGUGAGGAAACAUGUCCCAUCAAAUGACGCUUCACAUGGAUUGCCUGGUUCAAGUUCCUCAGUUUAUCGGCUAAGUCCUUGCCCCAAUACUAAAAAGAAUGACCUGGCAUCUCAGUACAAGACUGGUGAUGCGGAUGUGUUAACUCUGAAGAGAGCAGGGCAGGUAAACACUUCUGAAACUACAAAAGCACUGACCCAAAAUUGUAAUAGGAAUUUAUUAAGUUGCUCUCCUUGCAACUCAGAGGAGCCUUUUCCCGUGAGUAAUCCUCAUGAUUGUCCUCCCAAAAGUUUAGAUGUCAUGGAGGAGAGUAUAAAGUCAUCUCCAGCCCCUGAAUGUCGAACUAAUUCAGUCAUCAACUCAGAUUGCCAAAGUACAGCUGCAGAAGGGAACUCUGGGAAGAAGGUUAUCUAUGUCAAGAGAAGAUCUUAUCAAUUGGUUGCGACUUCUAAUUCUGAUGAUACAUCUAUAUUAGGGGUGGAUAAUAGCCAGUCACGAUUAUCUGAGGGUUACUACAAAAAUAGGGAAAACCAGCUUUUCAGAGCAUCACCAGAAAAUGACGUCAAAAGAGCGAAUGAAAACCCUACCGCGUCUAGACUGGUCUCUCGCUCAAUUAUUCCUAAAAUUUCUACCAGAAGGCAAUCUGGUUUUGCCAAGAACUGCAGAUCUUCAAAGUUGGCAUUUGUGUGGAAAUUACAUGAUAAACAGGCUUCAGAAAAGCAUAAGAAUUCUUUGGGAACUCGAAAAGUCUGGCCACGAUUAUUUUCCCCUAAAGUAGCUGGUUAUUGGAGAAGUCUUAUAUUGGGUAUGAAACCGUCCCGUUCCAACAUCAGCCAAAAACUGCUGGUGUCAAGAAAGAGAGGUGCAAUUUACACUAGAUCAAGACAUGGAUAUUCUCUUAGGCUGUCGAAAGUUUUAAGUGUUGGUGGCUCUAGUUUAAAGUGGUCGAAAUCAAUUGAAAGGAACUCGAGGAAAGCCGAGGAGGAAGCUACAAGAGCUGUUGCUGCUGCUGAGAAGAGGAAAAAGGAAGAAAAGGGUGCUGUUCACAUUGCUUCAAAGGGUAGAAAUCAUGUUUCUCGUAAGUGGGUUCCUAGUGUAAAGAUGCAUCCAGGUGAACGAAUAUUUCGUAUUGGUUCAGAUCGAUACAAAAUGGAUCCAACAAGGAGGACUCUUCAGAGGAUCACAGAUAAUGAAUCAUCAUCAUCAGUAACUCCUCAGUCAAAAAAGAAUGUUAAGAGAUCUUAUAUCCCCAGGAGAUUAUUGAUCGACAAUGAAGAAUAUGUUCGAAUUGGAAAUGGUAACCAGCUGGUUAGAGAUCCAAAGAAACGUGUCCGUGUCCUUGCAAGCGAGAAAGUUCGCUGGAGUUUACGAACUGCCCGAUUGCGAUUGGCUAGAAAGAGUAAAUAUUGCCAGUUCUUCUCUAGAUUUGGAAAAUGCAACAAGGAUGAUGGGAAGUGUCCGUACAUCCAUGAUCCCUCUAAAAUAGUAGUUUGUACGAAAUUCCUGACUGGUUCAUGCACCAAUAGCACCUGCAAAUUGACGCACAAGGUUAUCCCCGAGAGGAUGCAAGAUUGUUCAUAUUUUCUGAAAGGUUUGUGCUCCAAUGACGAUUGUCCUUAUAGACAUGUACAUGUCAAUCCCGAUUCAAGUGUUUGUGACAAUUUCCUCAGAGGCUACUGUGCUGAUGGCAAUGAGUGCCGGAAGAAACACACCUACGUCUGCCCUGCUUUUGAAGCAACUGGAGCGUGUCCUCAAGCAUCGACAUGCAGGCUACACCAUCCGAAAAAGAAGACAGAAAUGAAACCAACUAUCGAGAAAAAGGUUGUAAGAGGCCGCUACUUUGAUGGCGGACUAGUAGGAGUUGAUGACUGGAGCUCAGCAUCGGCACCUGUCGAGAAGCUCUCGUCAAAAGGUAAGGAUGACAUAGUUGUGCAUGAAGGACAAUUCCCUGAUUAUAUUAGCUUAGAAGUUAGUGAUAAUGAACUGUGUGAUGAUUAUGGCGUCGAAUCGAUAUAGCGUGUCGUACUUAUAUAUAUUGUCUCCAGCCAUUGGCAGCCGGUAGACGAACAACAUAGUUGUAGAGGUGCAGGCUAAGUUCAUGAUGUGUAAUCUAUACUUGUAGGUUUGACCGUUUCUAGUCACAGUUUACAGGUUUAGGUAUAGGAUUUUGUAAGAACAAUUUAUGAAAUGAAAUUUGAAAUUAGUUCUUAUAACA